AUGAUUAAUCCAAUAGCAUCGGCAAAUCAAUCGGCUACAUCAACUCGUAUGAAAAAGACAUUUAUUAUACUAUGCAUUUUAUUAUGUAUUAUUUCGUAUAUACUUUAUUCACGUCAAACAGUAAAUUGGGCGUUGUUACCCACAAUUAUAUCAAGUAGUUUAUCUGUUUCACAAAUAUCAAAUAAUUCGUUAUCUAAUAAAAUCAUAACUAAAACAGCUAAACCUAAUCGAAUAAAAAAACCAUUACUUCCACCAUCUCAAAAUCGUCGUUUUGCUAUAUUUGGUUGUUCAAUUCAUGCAUCGAUACAUGCAUAUACAUUUUAUACACCAAUAACAGCACUUAGUUGGAAUCGUGUUGGUUAUGAAGCAAUUGUUGUUUUUGUUGGAGAUUUUAAAAAACCAAAUGUUCUUACAAAACGAUUAAAUUUAUCACGAAAUUAUUUAAAAAGCGUUGGUGCGCAUAUUGUUGAUUUUCAAUGUAAUGAAUCGUAUUCAAUUAAAUUAUCUCAAGUAGUACGAGUUUUUGCAGGAUUUUUACCAGACGAUAUUGUUGAAGAUGAAGAUAAUAUUUUAACAGGGGAUAGUGAUUUAAUGCCACUUAGAAUUAGUGAAUAUACUCCAACAUCUGGAACAGAUGGUUUUGUUUUUAAUGCGCAUUGCUGUGGAACAUUUCAACGACGAGGAAAAAAUUAUAAAAUGUAUCCAAUGGGUCAUAUAUUUUUACAAAAGAAAACAUGGCGUGCAAUGGUUAUGGAAUCUCAACAACGUGCUGAACUUCUUGCUAAAGCCGAUAAUCGUACACAAGAAUUAUUGAGUGCAGAUGCUCCACUCUCAUUUGAAACUAUAACAUUAUAUGGUAGACUUGAAUUCAAAGAUGUUUAUGAUCAACGUAUGGAUAAAGGUGAUGCAGCAUGGUAUAUGGAUCAAAUUUUGUGCUCAAUGUUAAUACAUGAUUAUAAACAGAAACAUCAAAAUUUUUCACUCAGUGAACGCGGUCGUGGUGAACGUCUCGAUCGUGUAUAUGGAAUGGGAUAUUGGGAUCGACCAAAUUAUAAUCAAUUUGGUGAUGCGCAUUUAAAACAUGAUGAAAUUUUAGAAGCAGGUAAUUGGAAAAUAUUUACUAAAUUACUUAAAAGUUUAUUUAAUGAUACUAUGGUAACAUUAUUUGAUGAUUAUUAUAAACAAUAUAUGGUUGUUAGCAAACUUCCUUGA